AUGCGGAACACGGCCGGUGCUCUGCCCUUAGAAACUCGCGCGGCAGCUGCACUCAUGGAUGCCAGGGGACGUUUAGCACCUGCCACUCCAUCCAACACAAAGCCAAAUGCCACAAUGCCUGCUGCUACGGCUGCUGCACGGCAAGUCUCCACAGAUGGAGGAGUUGGUGCGGCCUGUGCGGCAGCGCAGGGCGACCCGCCGAUCAGUCGAUGGCGACUCGCACGAGACGCAGCAAAAAAGGGCCUGAGCUCAACGGAAACUCGGGGAUCAUCUCCCCCUGCUGCACAGAACAAAAGUGAUCAAGUAUUACCAUCUGACAAGAACGCAGCAACGCGACAAUUUCCUUCCAAGCCAACUGGAACCUCUCGUGGAAAUUACACAAGUGCUGCAGUCCCAUCCACACAGCCCACUGCAGUGGCCGGUGCAGCGGCGCAGGAAGGUGAUCCGCCGAUCAGUCGAUGGCGACUCGCACGAGACGCUUUGGGGGGGAAGUUUUCACCACACACAGGAACUUUGCCACCAAAAGGAGUUUCCAUGGCUUCUGGUGUGGAGUCAGCGGCUAGUAGACCGGUGGAACCGAGGAAGCUUGUAGGAGAAAAGAGCGGCACGGAUCGGAGAGAGGAUAGAACUUCUCCGCCUUCUGUGCGAGCGCCAGCAUCGAAUCCAUCAGAAGAAAAGAAGGGCAAUUUCUCCUCCACGCAGCUCUCUCGUCAGAGAAUUUCAGCGGGAGGUAACGCGGAGAAUUUGCGGCCAUCGAGAGUGGCCACCACAAGUACGCCGGAGGAAGAGAAAAUGCCGGUUAAAUGUUUUGGUGUGAAAGGGGGGAAUCCGACAUACGUUUCCGCGAGCGGCAAUAAAGACAAUGAGCGCCCAUUCAGCGUUUCUCCCGCUCGCGGAAAACCCUCCUCGUGGACAGGGCCUCGUGAAAACACCUCCGUCAAUAAUACUGUUGGGAAUCCUUUCACGAUGGACCCUUCAAUGGGGAAAAAUCCGUCACCACAGGCAUCUAACGAUGAACAAGUCGAAUGGAGAAGAGAUGCUGUUUCUGGUUUACGGCAUGGUCGGAUGAGUCCUUGGCGAUCAUCCAUUGGAACCCCCUACGCGGCACCCCGGAGCAAUGCGACUCGUGCACGUUCGCAGCCAGUUUCCAUUUCUCGUUCUCGACCUCCUGAGAAUGAGGAGCUUAUGCGGUUUCUUGGUGCCUACGGUACCCCACCGAGGCGUUCCACCGGCGUUUUUCCGCCGCAGCAGAUGGAUGAACACCCAAUAGAGUUGAGAGGGCCUCUUAUUCCCACUUCUCCAUACGCCGUGGCACGUCGCAGUCUGCGUACAACAACGCCACCAAAUAAGUAUCGUCUUCUUGACGGAGGUGAAGACGACUAUGAUGAAAGCUCAAAAGUGAUAGAAGAAGAACUUUCAAGUCUUUUGAAUGGACUGGAAGCAUAUCAAAAACGGUUAGAGCGGGCAGCACUUGUGGUUAGCUUGGAGAGACAACGUCGGAGACGUCACUGA